AGAGCCUUUAUUCCAAGUCCGAAAGUGGAUGUUGCCGUCGUUCAUUUUUUACCACUAGUGAAACCGCUUAUCAAGUGCCACUUUGACCUCGUCGAGAAAGUUUGUCGCCAUAUUUUUCAUUUCCGGCAGAAGUAUUGCGUUCGAGGUGUGGAAACUUUAUAUCCGCCGGAACAAAGGACUGCGAUGGCCGACCAACUGCUACGUCGGUCUCGAAUAAGUCCGAAAGUCGUUCCGUAUAACCUAAGCGUGGAAGAAAUCGGAUGCAUGUGCUAUGUGUACGAAGAACAGUGCAAACAGAACCCGGGUUUAUUCACAUACGACUACCGCGCGGCUGUAAAUAAAGACGUGAACUCAUUACCGCCAAUAUGCAAAUUUGAUUCUUCUUAG